CUCUUUUUUCAGGAUGGCUGUAUCUCCUCCGAGUUACUGUUUCGUGGCCUUCCCACCACAGGCUAAGGAAGGUCUGGUGGUAUUUGGAAAAAAUUCAGCUCGGCCCAGGGAUGAAGUGCAGGAGGUUGUGUAUUUCUCGGCUGCUGAUCAUGAACCUGAGAGCAAGGUUGAGUGCACUUACAUUUCCAUCGACCAAGUUCCUAGGACUCAUGCCAUUGUGAUAAGCAGACCUGCCUGGCUUUGGGGGGCAGAAAUGGGAGCCAAUGAACAUGGAGUGUGCAUAGCCAAUGAAGCCAUCAAUGCCAAAGAACCAGCCACUGAGACAGAAGCCUUACUGGGGAUGGAUCUGGUCAGGCUUGGUUUAGAAGGGAGAGACAGCUAA